AUGUCAACAACACCUCCCGCCCCUUCAGACUCCUCCAGCACCCCCAACCCUCCUGCCUCCAAACCAUCAUCAUCAUCAUCAUCAUCAUCAUCCGCUGGAACACUUUUACCAAACGACACGUACCCUUUCCCGCGCGAAUUCUUCUUCCCGCCCUUCUUCACCCGCCAAACCAACCUAACGACGCACCACGCCCAGCUAACCAAAUGGUCCACCCUCCUGCUGUCCUACUGCCGCCACCACCGGCUUUUCAAGGUGUCUCUUUCCCCCGACACCUUACCCUUCCACAACCCGCGCAUUAACCGCCGGCUAGCGGUGGGUGACAUCAAAUCCGUCGUCGACUUUUUGAAAAAGGACGGGCGGGCGGAGUAUGUCCCUCUUACUGGUACUAGUACAAGUAAAAAGGAUUCAGAGCAGCAGGGGGGUGGUGGUGGUGGUGGUGGUGGUGGUGGGGUGGACGAAGCCUUCGUCUACUGGCGGACACCAGAGGAAUGGGGAUCGUUGAUUGAAGGGUGGGUGGAAGAGACUGGACAGAGGGGAAGCGUGUUGACGGUUUACGAGUUGAGGGAGGGAGAGGGGACGAGGGGUACGGAGAUUUGGGGGAUGGAUGGGGAUGUGCUUGUCAAGGCGUUGGGCACGGUGGUGAAGAGGGGGAAGGCGCAGAUCUUCCAGAGUGGAGAGGAUUCGUUGGGUGUCAAGUUCUUUUAA